AGCGUUUGCAUAUUUCAUCUCAUAUGACUGACCGCAAUGAGUAUCUGAUGGAGCAAUGUCAGACUGCUAACUCAUUCCUGACACACGCCACAUUUACAUAACAGGAGGCAAGCGUGUGACCUGGAAUGGCGCAGAGAGAAAACAGCUCAUUCCAUCAUGAGAGGCCUCCAUCACCUGUGCCCACUUGUGUGUCCAUGAAGAGUGACCAGUCAGAGGAUCGCUUCAUAAACUUCAAAGAUGAUGUCACAGAUGGAACAAGGGGCCAAAAUGAAGGAAGCAACCCUGAUGCGGUCAGUGACCAGUUCACCCAGGAGGACCUCAAUCACAUAUUCCAGAUGCUUGAGAAGAAGAUCAUCACCUUUGUGAAGAAUGAGGUGAAGAGAUUCAAGAAUAUUGUAAGUCCAGAUUACCAAGAAAACUUUGAAGGUAAAGAGCAGGAUGAGAAUGAUGCCAGAGAAGGGGCUCUCAAGAUGGCACUGCACUUCCUGAGGAACAUGAAGCAGACAAAUAUCGCUGACAAACUGCAAGAAAAUAAACAGGAUGUAGUUUGUCAAACUGAGCUGAAGAGAAAUCUCAAGAACAAGUACCAGAGUGUGUUUGAAGGAAUACCCAAGCAAGGGAGCUCUGCUCUCCUAGAAAAGAUCUACACAGAGGUCUAUAUCACAGAGGGCGGUAGUGGAAAAGUCAUUGAGGAGCAUGAAGUCAGGCAGAUUGAAUCCAUAUCCAAGAGACCAGCUGGACAGGAGACAUCAAUCAAAUGUAGAGACAUCUUUAAGCCCUUACCUGGCCAAGACAAGCCAAUCCGAUGUGUCAUCACAAAGGGAGUAGCUGGCAUUGGCAAAACUGUCUCAGUUCAAAAGUACAUCCUGGACUGGACUGAGGGAAAAGAAAACCAAGAUGUCCACUUCAUUUUUCCGCUGCCUUUUCGGGAGCUCAACACCCUGAAAGAAAAACAUCUUUCAUUGAUGGAUCUUCUCCACCACUUUUUCUCAGAAAUAAAGCCGUUAACGUUUCCCAGCCAGGGAAAGUACAAAGUGUUGUUCAUCUUUGAUGGUCUAGAUGAAUGCCGACUCCGACUAGACUUCUGGAGAAAUGAGAUAUUGACUGAAGUGACACAGACCACGUCAUUGGAUGUUCUCCUGACAAAUCUCAUCAAGGGUAAUCUACUUCCCUCUGCUCUCCUUUGGAUCACUUCUCGACCAGCAGCAGCCAAUCAAAUUCCGCCUCAGAAUAUUGACCGAGUCACAGAAGUACAAGGGUUCAGCGACCCUCAGAAGGAGGAGUACUUCAGAAGGAGAAUAUGUGAUCAGAAACUUGCCAACAAAGUCAUUUCUCAUAUUAGAUCAUCAAGAAGUCUCCACAUUAUGUGCCACAUACCAGUGUUUUGCUGGAUUGCUGUUAAUGUUCUUGAGGUUCUUCUUGAGAUGCCUGAAGUUGAGCAAGUUCCAAAGACUCUGACGGAGAUGUACACAUAUUUCCUUGUAUUUCAAACCAAGCAGAGGAGUCUGAAGUUUGAAGGAGUUUAUGACACAGAUCCACAGUGGAACCGGGCUAGUCUGAUCGCUCUUGGAAAGUUGGCCUACGAACAGCUGGAGAAGGGCAACCUGAUCUUUUAUGAAGAUGACCUGAGUGACAGUGGUAUUGAUGUCAGAGAAGCAGCAGUACACUGUGGAAUUUGCACCCAGAUCUUUCAUGAAGAGUCAGGCCUUCAUCAGGAAAAGUUGUACUGUUUUGUGCACCUGAGCAUCCAGGAAUAUCUUGCAGCUUUGUAUGUGAUCCUGAUGUUUAUAACGGAAGGGAAAGAUAUCAUGUCCCCACAGCAGGCCCCCAGAGCUGUUGAAAGCAGUCCAGUGCAUAACUCCAUGACGACUUUGCAGAAGAGUGCUGUGGACAAAGCCUUGGAACAUGAAGAUGGGCACUUUGAUCUUUUCCUCCGUUUCCUUCUUGGCCUCUCUCUGGAAUCCAACCAGAAGCUCCUACGUGGCCUACUACAGAGAGUACACAAUGAAGGCAAAGAGGAAAUAACCAGUUACAUUAAGACAAAGAUCAGGGAGAUUCCAUCAUCAGAAAAAGUUGUCAACCUGUUCCACUGUCUGAAUGAAGUCAAUGAUCACUCCUUAGUGACGGAGGUCCAGAGCUUCCUGAGUGCAGGGACACUUUCAGCAGCCAAACUCUCAUCCACACAGUGGUCAGCUCUCGUGUUUGUGCUUCUGACAUCAGAAGAAAAGCUGGAUGUAUUUGACUUGAAGAAGUACAGCAGAUGUGAUGAAUGUCUCCUAAGGCUGCAACCAGUGAUAGGGGAAUCCCAAAAGGCUCUGCUGAACAGUUGUGGGCUCACUGAGAGGAGCUGUGCAGGUCUGGCAUCUGUCCUCACCAAAGCAUCUUCAAGGCUGAAAGAUCUGGACCUCAGUGACAACAAUAUGGGAGACAGUGGGGUCCAAAAAUUAUGUUGUGGACUGGGUAACCCAAACUGUGCACUGGAGACACUCAGGCUGUCUGACUGCAGUAUCACAGAGAAGGGCUAUUCUGGUCUGGCUUCAGCCCUGAGGGUAAAUCCCAAAUACCUCAGAGAUCUUGAUCUCAGAGGAAAUGAUCCAGGGAAAUCUGGAGUCAAACUGCUUUUAGACCUAAAGGAGGAUCCACAAUAUACACUGAGAAAUGUCCAGUUCCUGAAAAGUAGUGCUGCUGAGGAAGCCUGUGCUGCUGUGGCUUCAGCUGUGGGUUCAAACCCCUUACUCAUGACUACCCUGAAUCUGAGUAAUCACAUACCAGGAGACUUGGGAGUGACUCAGCUGUGUGCUUUACUGCAGGAUCCCCACUGCACACUGCAGACAUUACGUCUGUCAUACUGCAGUAUUGGAGAGGAAGGCUUCAGAGCUCUUGCAUCAGCACUGAGAUCAAACCCCUCACACAUGAGAGAGCUGCAGCUGAGUGGGAAUAAAGCAGGAGACUCAGGAGUGAAGCAUCUUUCUUCUCUUCUGGAGGAUCCCAACUGUAAACUGGAGACACUACACCUGCAGAACUGCAGUAUUGGAGAUGAAGGCUUCAGAGCUCUUGCAUCAGCACUGAGAUCAAACCCCUCACACAUGAGAGAGCUGCAGCUGAGUGGGAAUAAAGCAGGAGACUCAGGAGUGAAGCAUCUUUCUUCUCUUCUGGAGGAUCCCAACUGUAAACUGGAGACACUACACCUGAAUAACUGCAGUAUUGGAGAUGAAGGCUUCAGAGCUCUUGCAUCAGCACUGAGAUCAAACCCCUCACACAUGAGAGAGCUGUGGCUGAGUGGGAAUAAAGCAGGAGACUCAGGAGUGAAGCAUCUUUCUUCUCUUCUGGAGGAUCCCAACUGUAAACUGGAGACACUAGAUCUGUCAUACUGCAGUAUUGGAGAGGAAGGCUUCAGAGCUCUUGCAUCAGCACUGAGAUCAAACCCCUCACACAUGAGAGAGCUGCAGCUGAGUUUUAAUAAAGCAGGAGACUCAGGAGUGAAGCAUCUUUCUUCUCUUCUGGAGGAUCCCAACUGUAAACUGGAGACACUACACCUGCAGAACUGCAGUAUUGGAGAUGAAGGCUUCAGAGCUCUUGCAUCAGCACUGAGAUCAAACCCCUCACACAUGAGAGAGCUGUGGCUGAGUGUGAAUAAAGCAGGAGACUCAGGAGUGAAGCAUCUUUCUUCUCUUCUGGAGGAUCCCCACUGUAAACUGGAGAAACUAUACCUGUGGGACUGCAGUAUUGGAGAGGAAGGCUUCAGAGCUCUUGCAUCAGCACUGAGAUCAAACCCCUCACACAUGAGAGAGCUGCAGCUGAGUGGGAAUAAAGCAGGAGACUCAGGAGUGAAGCAUCUUUCUUCUCUUCUGGAGGAUCCCCACUGUAAACUGGAGACACUACACCUGACAGACUGCAGUAUUGGAGAUGAAGGCUUCAGAGCUCUUGCAUCAGCACUGAGAUCAAACCCCUCACACAUGAGAGAGCUGUGGCUGAGUUUUAAUAAAGCAGGAGACUCAGGAGUGAAGCAUCUUUCUUCUCUUCUGGAGGAUCCCAACUGUAAACUGGAGACACUAGAUCUGUCAUACUGCAGUAUUGGAGAUGAAGGCUUCAGAGCUCUCUCAUCAGCACUGAGAUCAAACCCCUCACACAUGAGAGAGCUGUGGCUGAGUGGGAAUAAAGCAGGAGACUCAGGAGUGAAGCAUCUUUCUUCUCUUCUGGAGGAUCCCAACUGUAAACUGGAGACACUAGAGCUGUCUGACUGCAGUAUCACAGAGAAGGGCUAUUCUGGUCUGGCUUCAGCCCUGAGGGUAAAUCCCAAAUACCUCAGAGAUCUUGAUCUCAGAGGAAAUGAUCCAGGGAAAUCUGGAGUCAAACUGCUUUUAGACCUAAAGGAGGAUCCACAAUAUACACUGAGAAAUGUCCAGUUCCUGAAAAGUAGUGCUGCUGAGGAAGCCUGUGCUGCUGUGGCUUCAGCUGUGGGUUCAAACCCCUUACUCAUGACUACCCUGAAUCUGAGUAAUCACAUACCAGGAGACUUGGCAGUGACUCAGCUGUGUGCUUUACUGCAGGAUCCCCACUGCACACUGCAGACAUUACGUCUGUCACACUGCAGUAUUGGAGAUGAAGGCUUCAGAGCUCUUGCAUCAGCACUGAGAUCAAACCCCUCACACAUGAGAGAGCUGCAGCUGAGUUAUAAUAAAGCAGGAGACUCAGGAGUGAAGCAUCUUUCUUCUCUUCUGGAGGAUCCCCACUGUAAACUGGAGACACUACACCUGUACAACUGCAGUAUUGGAGAUGAAGGCUUCAGAGCUCUUGCAUCAGCACUGAGAUCAAACCCCUCACACAUGAGAGAGCUGCAGCUGAGUGGGAAUAAAGCAGGAGACUCAGGAGUGAAGCAUCUUUCUUCUCUUCUGGAGGAUCCCCACUGUAAACUGGAGACACUACACCUGUCACACUGCAGUAUUGGAGAGGAAGGCUUCAGAGCUCUUGCAUCAGCACUGAGAUCAAACCCCUCACACAUGAGAGAGCUGCAGCUGAGUGGGAAUAAAGCAGGAGACUCAGGAGUGAAGCAUCUUUCUUCUCUUCUGGAGGAUCCCCACUGUAAACUGGAGACACUACAUCUGUCACACUGCAGUAUUGGAGAUGAAGGCUUCAGAGCUCUUGCAUCAGCACUGAGAUCAAACCCCUCACACAUGAGAGUGCUGCAGCUGAGUUAUAAUAAAGCAGGAGACUCAGGAGUGAAGCAUCUUUCUUCUCUUCUGGAGGAUCCCCACUGUAAACUGGAGACACUACACCUGUGGGACUGCAGUAUUGGAGAUGAAGGCUUCAGAGCUCUUGCAUCAGCACUGAGAUCAAACCCCUCACACAUGAGAGUGCUGUGGCUGAGUGAGAAUAAAGCAGGAGACUCAGGAGUGAAGCAUCUUUCUUCUCUUCUGGAGGAUCCCAACUGUAAACUGGAGAAACUAGACCUGACAGGCUGCAGUAUUGGAGAUGAAGGCUUCAGAGCUCUUGCAUCAGCACUGAGAUCAAACCCCUCACACAUGAGAGUGCUGCAGCUGAGUUUUAAUAAAGCAGGAGACUCAGGAGUGAAGCAUCUUUCUUCUCUUCUGGAGGAUCCCAACUGUAAACUGGAGACACUAGAUCUGUCAGACUGCAGUAUUGGAGAUGAAGGCUUCAGAGCUCUUGCAUCAGCACUGAGAUCAAACCCCUCACACAUGAGAGAGCUGCAGCUGAGUUAUAAUAAAGCAGGAGACUCAGGAGUGAAGCAUCUUUCUUCUCUUCUGGAGGAUCCCAACUGUAAACUGGAGACACUAGAGCUGUCUGACUGCAGUAUCACAGAGAAGGGCUAUUCUGGUCUGGCUUCAGCCCUGAGGGUAAAUCCCAAAUACCUCAGAGAUCUUGAUCUCAGAGGAAAUGAUCCAGGGAAAUCUGGAGUCAAACUGCUUUUAGACCUAAAGGAGGAUCCACAAUAUACACUGAGAAAUGUCCAGUUCCUGAAAAGUAGUGCUGCUGAGGAAGCCUGUGCUGCUGUGGCUUCAGCUGUGGGUUCAAACCCCUUACUCAUGACUACCCUGAAUCUGAGUAAUCACAUACCAGGAGACUUGGCAGUGACUCAGCUGUGUGCUUUACUGCAGGAUCCCCACUGCACACUGCAGACAUUACGCCUGAAUAACUGCAGUAUUGGAGAUGAAGGCUUCAGAGCUCUUGCAUCAGCACUGAGAUCAAACCCCUCACACAUGAGAGAGCUGCAGCUGAGUGGGAAUAAAGCAAGAGACUCAGGAGUGAAGCAUCUUUCUUCUCUUCUGGAGGAUCCCAACUGUAAACUGGAGACACUACAUCUGUCACACUGCAGUAUUGGAGAUGAAGGCUUCAGAGCUCUUGCAUCAGCACUGAGAUCAAACCCCUCACACAUGAGAGAGCUGCAGCUGAGUGGGAAUAAAGCAGGAGACUCAGGAGUGAAGCAUCUUUCUUCUCUUCUGGAGGAUCCCAACUGUAAACUGGAGACACUAGAUCUGUCACACUGCAGUAUUGGAGAUGAAGGCUUCAGAGCUCUUGCAUCAGCACUGAGAUCAAACCCCUCACACAUGAGAGUGCUGUGGCUGAGAGGGAAUAAAGCAGGAGACUCAGGAGUGAAGCAUCUUUCUUCUCUUCUGGAGGAUCCCAACUGUAAACUGGAGAAACUAGACCUGCAGAACUGCAGUAUUGGAGAUGAAGGCUUCAGAGCUCUUGCAUCAGCACUGAGAUCAAACCCCUCACACAUGAGAGAGCUGCAGCUGAGAGGGAAUAAAGCAGGAGACUCAGGAGUGAAGCAUCUUUCUUCUCUUCUGGAGGAUCCCCACUGUAAACUGGAGACACUACACCUGCAGAACUGCAGUAUUGGAGAUGAAGGCUUCAGAGCUCUUGCAUCAGCACUGAGAUCAAACCCCUCACACAUGAGAGAGCUGUGGCUGAGUGGGAAUAAAGCAGGAGACUCAGGAGUGAAGCAUCUUUCUUCUCUUCUGGAGGAUCCCAACUGUAAACUGGAGACACUAUACCUGUGGGACUGCAGUAUUGGAGAUGAAGGCUUCAGAGCUCUUGCAUCAGCACUGAGAUCAAACCCCUCACACAUGAGAGAGCUGUGGCUGAGUGGGAAUAAAGCAGGAGACUCAGGAGUGAAGCAUCUUUCUUCUCUUCUGGAGGAUCCCAACUGUAAACUGGAGAAACUAUACCUGUGGGACUGCAGUAUUGGAGAUGAAGGCUUCAGAGCUCUUGCAUCAGCACUGAGAUCAAACCCCUCACACAUGAGAGAGCUGUGGCUGAGUGGGAAUAAAGCAGGAGACUCAGGAGUGAAGCAUCUUUCUUCUCUUCUGGAGGAUCCCAACUGUAAACUGGAGAAACUAUAUCUGUCACACUGCAGUAUUGGAGAUGAAGGCUUCAGAGCUCUUGCAUCAGCACUGAGAUCAAACCCCUCACACAUGAGAGUGCUGUGGCUGAGAGGGAAUAAAGCAGGAGACUCAGGAGUGAAGCAUCUUUCUUCUCUUCUGGAGGAUCCCAACUGUAAACUGGAGACACUACACCUGGAGCAUCAGUUCCCCUGACCUCUGUUCAGUGAGCUGAGGAACAGUCCAAACUGUAAACAUCUACAAAUACACAGACUCUAAUGAAUCCAUCCCAUUGUAUUUGUGAAAAGUGAAGGUCUUGCUUUCACCAAACUCACUGUUCGUGAGCACUGAUUCACUACACAUAACUCCACAUAGCAUUUACACUGAUAACCUACAGUUCCCAACAUGCAUCACAUUCUCCAACUGGUGUCGUCUCAAAGCCUGUAGCUGUAGCGACCGCUAAGGUUCAUACAAUUACCGUUUAAAACAGCCACAUGUCAGUAAACUUCAUAUGUUCACCAUCUUACAUAGAAAGUGUGUGUAUGAAGAGUGUGUACGGAUGAAGUGUGUGUAUGAAUGAAGUGUGUAUGAAUGAAGUGUGUGUAUGGAUGAAGUGUGUGUGGAUGAAGUGUGUGUAUUGAUGAAGUGUGUGUGUGUGUAUGGAUGAAGUGUGUGUAUGAAUUGUUUUUGUGUUGUUUGUUAUAUUAUUAGUGAUGAUUGGGCAACAUCAUCAUAUGUGUUUAAUCAUCUUUAUGUGUAAAUCAGGGCUGUCAAACAUCUCAUUUGUCUCUCCCUCUCAUUUGUGUGCAGAUUUCAUCACAUUCAUAUUUGAAGUAAUACAUUUUACAAAUUCACUUCUCUAAAUACAAAAAAUGUAACUGGUGUUGUAUAAUAAAUGUUUUCAAUG